GGCGGGUACGGCACGGAUGAGGCGCAUGCGCGUUGUGGACGGUCGGUGGGGCUGCGGCGGCUCGGCGCGGAGGGGCCGGGCGGGGCCGGGCGGCGGCGGCAGCAGCGGCCGGCGCGGCGGGGCGGAGGAGCCGGGCGGUGCCCAGGAGGGCUGGCGGGGCCAGUCGCGGGGCUCGCCGCAGCAGCUGGCGGAGCGGUACGCGGACCUGGCGGCCAGCCACGGCGAGGCGCUGCGGCAGCGGGAGGAGCGCGAGUGGCACAACGCGCGGUUGCGCCAGGAAAACGCGCGGCUGCGGCUGGAGAACCGCCGCCUGCGCCGCGAGAACCGUUGCCUUUUCCGCCAGGCCCUGCUGGGCCCCGGCCCCGACAAGCCCGGCGAGGAGGCCGAGGCCCUGCGCCAGCAGCUGGGUCGCCUGCAGGAGAGGCACCGCCGCGCCUUGCGGCACCUGCGGCGCUGCCGGGCCGGCGGUGGGCCCGAGGCCUCGGAGCUGGACGAGCUGCUGGAGGAGGACGAGCAGCCGCCGUCUCCCCCCGAGCUGGAGAAGAGGAGCCUGGUGCCGCCCGUGUAGUCGGGCUGGACCUCGGGGCGGCGGCCCCUUCCCUCGCUGCUGCCGGAGAGCGCUUCCCAGAGGGGGAAGGGGAGCUUUUGGGGUUUUUCAUAAGUCCCCUUCUUAGGCAUAUUGCCAGGAAGCACUAACUCGUCAGGAGAAGCGGGUUCAUCUGUAAAAAUGACACUUGGAAGAGGCCGGCGUUCUGGGCAAGGAAUGCCUCAAAGCAUCUGUUGCCAUGGAGAACCACGGUGAACAGAGCAGUUGGUCCCAUGUCACCUGGUAGCAUUGAACUGUGCUUAUUUAGGGGGACCGGUUGCGGGUCACCUGAUUUCUCUUCGAAUUAGUGACUGUCACGUAGAUGCCCGUGGGGACUAUCAAAAGAUGGGUCUGACUAGAUCUUAGUGGUCUGUGUACGUGUGUUAGGAAAGGCAGCAGAGGAAGCUUGCAAGCUUCUUCAUCAGCGCUCCAGUUAAAGGUGGUGAUGGUUCAAACUCAUGAAUUGUCUGGACUUGAGCAAAACAAUAUUUGUGUUUUUAAGGAUGGAUUUUGUUCGCCAUCACAUGAAUAUUGGUUUGAAUUUCACACUUUCACAUAAAACUGCAGCUGAUAAUAAAAACAUAAUAAAAAAGUAAUAAAACGUGAAAUAUCUGUCUUAAGUGUGAUUUUUAACAGGGUGUUGUUUUGGAAUUGAAGAUGAAAUACUCUUCAGACCUUUGCAGUGGAGUUCCUCAAAGCCAAAGAAAUUGGUUGAUUUUCAAACUUCCUUAAAAAAAUUCUCACUUUCUGUUUGAAAGCAAAUUACUUAUUUUUCAAACCUCUCUGCCUUUAGAAAAUUUACUGUUUGAAAGCACCCCUUGUGAAUAACUGCAAGUGUUGCUUUUGUAAUGUCCCCUAGCUUUUUUUGUCAUUUAAAAGCUGGCUGAUGCCAUAAGUUUUGGGAUUAGCUUCUUAAGGCCUUACUAGGCAAGGUCUGUUUUGGCUCUGAAAGUAACAUGAAAAGAGGAAAAUCCAUCAUUCUGUGACUAUCUGCUACUAUAACUUCUAGGAAAGAAUUGUUUCUUCAUACGAUGUUAGUUAGCAUAAGCCUCUACUCAUAAAAUGGCUGUAGUGCUUGUUAAGUCUCUGGAUCUGCAGCCUCAAGUAGGUGCAUCCUCAAAACAGAAACAAUCUGGGACAGUGCAGUUAGUCUCUCCUUAAUGAGAAGUUGUGGAUGUUGAUGUCUGACUGUGCUGUUUGAUUGUUUUUAAAUACAUGAAGUAGCCUCAGAAGUUAGUAAAUUGCUAAAUGCUCAAGAAUUACAGUACAUACAAUAGGUGACUUAAUGGGAUUGUUUUAUAUUAAUAGCAGUUUCCAAUAAGUAUGAAUACCCAAGCAACACAAAGAAUCUAUGAAAAUACUACAAAAUUAUAUUUUAAGGUACAAUGCUAGAAAUCUGUAACUCUGCCAGACAUCCUUUAUUCUAAAGUGUUCACUUUAGAAUAAAAAACGAAAAAAGAUAAGAUUUUGGACUUUUCCAAUACAAUGUGCAAAUUAUUUUAUUUAAACUUCUGCGGCACUCUGAAUAAAUGUUUUUUUUAUGCAAGAGUAAUAAGUUCUUUGCAAGUUUAUGUAAAGGAUUCUUUUGAAUUUUAUUCUGUAUCAUAAUAGAGAAAUUAUAGAACAAUCCUGUGGAUAACAAAAUAGGGGAGACGGGGUAGGGAAGAGUAUUUUGGUAGGAUUCAAAUUAAUGUGGAGUGUCAAAGAAGAAAUUUUAAGUAUUUCCUCAGGUUGUUGCUUCCAGGUGAACAGCAAUAAACUGUCAACUUUUGCAACAUGUCUGAGUUUUAUUUAACCAAUCAUCUGAUCUGAUUUUUAAGAGCGAAAGACAAGAAAAUACAAGAAUUGGGAAAAGUCUGUAGUAAGGUGAUGCAAGAGUAGUACUUCACUGCAGCCUCCACCAACUGAUAGUUUAUAAGUGCUAGAUUUGCUUUAUGACACAUUUGCAGGAUUCUUGGCUACAGAAAACUACAAAUACCAAAACUUACAGGAAAAGUUCAUGCUCAGGUGUAUCCUGAAGAAGAUACCUGUUCAUGUCUUAAUGCUUGUAGUCCGGAUUUGUCUAUAUGACUAGUUCUUUGCCUAGUAUCUACCUAGUAGAUACCAUAGGCAAAUAAUCAUAUCUGGCCUCAAAACUGCAGUUCAGCCAGAACCUCUUAUAUUGAUGGUUAACAGAAAGCACAGAGUCUCUUUGAAAUUGUCUGAUGCAUUACAUCAUCUACACAACUGAAGUGAUGGGAGAAGAGUUACUACAGUUUUAUGAAGAACUUAAACCUUUGUCUUCUUUUGGUUAAGGUCUGUUUUUGUUUCCUUUUGUUCUACUUUCUGUCCAAUAAGCAGUGAAAUCUUGAAGUUACAGUCUUUGCUUCUUACUCUCAAGUCUUGUCUUUAAAUCUUUUUGUUGUGUUCUGGACUAUGACCCAUAUUUGUCCUGUUGUUCUAGAUGUAGUGGUAGUGUCUCUGUUUUUGUGUCUUGCCAUGUUGAGUCUUACUUCUUCUGGCCUCUCUGAAUGAGGCUUCCCUGGAUAUGGAAGAGGGUGCAUUACAGAAUGAAAUUGCUGCAUUAUUCUCAGCAAACGCAACUAUGCUGUCCUGUUGUCCAUCUUUUUAUAAUUUCUUUUUUUUUAAUUCAAAAUAAUUUCAGUUGUAGAUUGAUAAUUUUUAAAACUGUGAAUUUCAAAACUGUAUUUUUUUUCACGUUUUUGAGUCUAGGUUUUAUGUACCUAUUUAUUUGGAUAAUUACCUGAAAAAAACCCACUUCUUUGCUCUUGCUGAGGUGAAAUUUUUCAAGGCUGGUGGAUUAUCUUCCUGCUUAAAAAUGUUUUUGCUUAUAAUUAACUUUUACUGCAUAGUAUUUUGUACUGCAGUGCGUCAGAGUGUUAUAUGGGAGUGGGUUUCUUUGCAGGCAAGGCUUUACUGAAAAUGGAUUGAAUACAAUACUGGAUUUGGGCAUUUGAAUGUUUUGUGGUUUAAUUUGGUUUGGGUUUUUUUCUCCACAUAAAUGCAUAGAAACUUAACAAAAUACAAAUCAUCCUGAUCCCCUUGUAAUAUUACAGUGUUUAAAACAUGAAUAUGUAUUCUCUUAACUUUCUUUGGAAUACACACAUGCAUGUA